UCGAAACCGAAAAGGGAAUUCCAUCCAUCAUUCAAAAGAAAAAAAGCUAAAGAAUCUUUCAUGGCUCCUCUCCUUCUAUCAUCUGUAUAAAGAAAAAUCUUCACUAAGGUCUUUUCAUUCAUAUCCAAUCCAACUACAACAUCGAUCACAUUGACACAGCAGCAGUUACAUUCUGCUGUGUCCCUUAUCAGCACCAAAGUACACAGCAUAAAAUCUAUCUUAUUUUCAUACCAUCAAUGCUGCUAGGAAGCUCCAUUUCCAACACCACCAAGAAGUUCUUUCAAAGGACUCUUGAGAACUACAAGUCUUGUUUCUCUCCUGGUUACCAAAAGCUUCCCAAAACACCUCAACAUAAUCAAUUCUCUUCUUCUGUGGCUGCGCCAUGUGUCUUGGACGACAUGGACAUUAAUAACAACCCAAGUUACAAGGAAUUGGAGAAGUUCUACAGUGACUUCACAGGGCAAUGGGAUUCAGUAAAGGAAAAGGGAAGGCCAAGAAGAAGCAAGAACAAAGGCCAAGAGGUACGUAACGAAAGCUUCGUUAGCUUAAACAAUGCAAGAAGCCAUGAUCAGAUUGAGAAAAGUGAGGAAUGUGACAAGAACAAGAACAACAUUGGCCUAACCCAUCAUAGCGAGAAACAGAAAUUGAAUUAUAUGAAGGAUAGGAAGGGAAAUGGAAAUCGCAUGGUAGAAAAGAAGCUUAGAGAAUUGGAGAUGUUGGACAUGAGCGAUGUGGAUUAUGUACUGGACAUUGAAGAGGUUCUUCAUUACUACUCUCGACUCACUUGCCCGGUGUAUCUUCAAAUUGUGGAUAAAUUCUUCAUGGAAAUGUGCUCUGAGUUCUUUGGUGCUCCUUUGAGGCCUGUUGUUACACCUCGUACUCCUAGUAUUAAAGUGAGGUCUUAGUCUUAUAUAGGCUUGCCUUUGUCUUGUUCUUGCAAUGUUUCUGUCCAUGGAUGGUGAUGGAUGUUUCGGUGUUUUUCUAAAAUUUAAAUUCGUUGUUGUUCAAUAAUUAUAUAAUUCGUUGAUCAAUCGUCAAAGGAUCCAUAUGAUAUGCACUUAGAUGUUAAAAUUCAGAAUGCAUUUUGUUUGAGAAAUUGCUGUACGUAUUUCUUAAAGUGAAAUAUUGAAGACUUUUUAUUA